AUGUUAAGCAACAAUAUCGAAAGAAUUGGGAAAAUGAUCGAUGCAAAUGAUAAUAUUUUAUAUUGUAUAUGUGCGGCAAAAUUAGAUGGUGAAGCAAAACGUUGGUACGAAGAUAAUAUAUCAUUCAUUCAAUGGAAACAAUUAAAAUCGUCAUUGUUUGAAAGAUUUACAACGUCUGAUUCAUCAUCAAAAAUAUUCGAACAAUUAAAAGAACAUAAACAGAAAUUAGAUGAAACAGUUACAUCUUAUUAUGAUGCUAUUAUUAAACUUUCAACAGCACCGUAUGUGUCAUAUUUUGCAAAUACAGUAUCAACAACUAAUUAUGCAUCAUCAACGUUACUAAUUCCUAUUUAUAUAAAUGUUCAAGUAAAUAAUAAACAACAUCAAGCCAUAGUCGAUACUGGAUCUGCAGUUACACUUAUUAAUCAACAAUUAUUAAAAAAGAUUUAUCACACGGAACUCGUUUACAAGAAGAAAUUACACAAAUCAGCUAAUUGUACGUCUAUUGAUAUUAUUAGUGAAAUUCAACUUGAAGUUAAAAUACAAGGACAUAAAACUUUAAUUAUAGCGGAUGUUGCAAUGAAUCUUAUUACUCAUCUAUUACUUGGAAACGACUGGAUUAUGCAAAACAAUGUUAUUAUUGAUUCAUUACAACGCCAUCUUGCUCUUAUUGAUAACAUAUCAACCAACACAUUUUAA